AUGGCGGCUCUGCUUAGUGGUGUCGUUUUCCCGGUGGCCUUCACCGGCCAAUCCCCGGUGGGUUCCCGAUCAAGACGGAGAAUGGCUGCUAGAUGCUCCAACUCGAACGAACGGCAGAUUCUCUUCAACCGCAUUGCUCCCGUUUACGAUAAUUUGAAUGAUCUCUUAAGCUUAGGCCAGCAUCGAAUUUGGAAGAACAUGGCUGUUUCCUGGAGCGGAGCGAAAAAAGGAGAUAACGUGCUUGAUUUGUGCUGUGGAAGUGGUGAUUUAGCUUUUCUCUUAUCCGAGAAAGUUGCUUCAACAGGCAAGGUGAUGGGUCUGGAUUUCUCGUAUGAACAACUGGCUGUUGCAUCAUCUAGACAGAAACUUCGAGGGAGGUCUUGUUACAAGUGUAUAGAGUGGAUUGAAGGUGAUGCUAUGGAUUUGCCGUUUGAUGACUGUGAAUUCGAUGCUAUAACGAUGGGUUAUGGUCUUAGAAACGUUGUUGACAGAGAUAGAGCCAUGAGGGAGAUGUAUCGGGUUUUGAAACCAGGUUCAAGAGUAUCUAUACUUGAUUUCAAUAAGAGCAACCAAUCGGUUACUACGUUUAUGCAGGAUUGGAUGAUUGACAAUGUAGUUGUCCCUGUGGCUACUGUUUAUGGUCUUGCAAAGGAGUAUGAAUAUCUCAAGUAUUCCAUCAAUGCCUACCUUACAGGAGAAGAGCUGGAGAGUCUUGCUCUAGAAGCUGGCUUCUCAAGUGCUCGCCAUUAUGAGAUAAGUGGUGGUUUCAUGGGGAAUUUGGUCGCUGUGAGGUAA